AUGGAUUUCAUCAAGACCAGUUCCCUGCGUGCUCUGAUUGAGUUAACUUUCCAACGCAACUGGAACGGCCUAAUUUGGAUGAGUAGAAAAGGAGUUACAACCAAAAGAGUGGAGACUGUCCAGACGGCUCUAUCGAGAAACAGCGCCCAACCGCGCAGUCCGGCUGGCCGAGGAACGCAUGUUCCGCGCUCGGCCAAAACUGUCCGUCCGUCUGAAGUCUCGGCCAAAGUCCAAACCACUCGGCCGAUCACGCAUCACGACCCGGGAAACUCAAGCCCGCGGUCGGCCACGCCACAACCGCCACGCCACCGCGCACGACCAAAGCGCGCGAGCCGGGGAAAAGCCUCGCGGCCGCGCAACUCCUCACGUACCGCCGAUGCUCCGUCCGAGCCGGGAGAACACCUCGCGUCCGGCCGAGAGAUUUCAUCGGCCAAACUCUAUCCGCCGACCACGCCGGCCGACCGUGAAUCCAUCCGGCCCCGACCGUUCCGACUCGGCCACACCCGAUUGUCCGGCCGAUCGUCCCGACGACCGUCCCAACGCCGCGGUCGACCCGAAGCCCGUUUUGAAGCCCAAUUUCAUAUUUUCAAGCCCGGCUUAACCCUAAGCCGCCUCUAA